AUGCCCGGGUCGACUGGCAUCCCCAUUUCCCACUGUUCAGAUACUAUCGCACCCCUGCGCCGCUGGCAAUUACUUUUAUCAAACAGGGCAGCAUUAAGCGGUCCCCAUACAAGGGACUUUUUGGAAUACGGGUACAAUUUGCUAUUUACUGUCCCUUCCUCGGCGGUGACGGACCCGCGCGAUGGCCGCCGCGUGGCGCUCAAGAAGCUGCCCAACGUGUUCCAGUCGCUCGUCUCCUCCAAACGCGUCUUCCGCGAGCUCAAGAUGCUUUGCUUCUUCAAACACGAGAACGUACUAUCGGCAUUGGACAUCCUGCAGCCACCUAGCCUCGACUUCUUCCAGGAAAUGUAUCCUUUACUUUGCACGUUGACGUGUUACUUAUAUACUUUAGGA